GUCGACUGCUUUCCCCACAAUGCCAAUGCCAAUUCCACUUCCUGUCUGGAUGGGGAAGUAUGGCUCUCCCAAGCGAGUGCAGAAAACGGCCCUUGCCCGCCAAUCCUUUUAGCUUCAAUAGAAAGCGUCUCCUUUCUAUUCAAUUAUCUCCUCCCUUUUCUAGAAGUGUUUUUUUUUUUUUCGUUCUUUCUUCGAAUCUUCCUCCAAGCUCAAGCUCGACGGGAAGUCCCUCAAUUCACCACGACCCUGACGGUGCCUUAUCUUUACCUCAUUUCCUCUGCCUCUCGGGGUCCCUCCUCUUCUCCUCCCCUAUCCCCCAAUUCUCACCUCCUCCAUAUAUAUACCCUCCAUUGAAGACAUACCUGCCUCAACACCACAAUCAUGGAGACCCUAAACGCCUCCGUGCCCUCCAUCAUGAUCACCGAUCACCUCUACUAUCCUCUGCAAGUCCCAAUCGCCAACUACCUCGCAAAUGAAUGGUCCAUGCAAGUACUGCUGGCACUCUUCUCCGCCAUCUGCGCCGCCGUCCUGACAGGUACACUCAUUACCGUCAACUAUGUGCACCCAGGCCUCCCGGGUAGGGAGAAAGCUGCAAUUUGGUGGUUUGUGCUGUCGGGAUGUAUUCACUUGUUCUUCGAGGGAUACUUUUCGAUUAACCACACGAGAAUGGGACCGGCACAGGAUUUGUUUGGGCAGUUGUGGAAGGAGUAUGCACUGAGUGAUUCGAGGUAUCUCACUUCGGAUCCUUUUGUGCUUUGUAUGGAGACUAUCACUGCUGUAUAUAUUACCUUCCCAUUCCCAAAUGCAACCCCUCAUCACCACAUACUAACUCUCCCUUUUUUGCUGGAUAGUUCACAUGGGGACCCUGCUGCUUCUUCAUCGCAGCCUUCAUCACCACCUCGCAUCCCCUCCGUCACCCUCUCCAAAUCAUCGUCUGCGUCGGCCAGAUCUACGGACUGAUCCUGUACUAUGCCACCAGCAUGUUUGAUCACUAUUACAAGUCUACUACCUACAGUCGUCCCGAGUUUCUGUAUUUCUGGGGUUACUACUUUUUCAUGAAUUUCAUUUGGAUGGUUUUCCCUGGCAGUUAGUGUACCCAACUUCCCACUUUCACGACCCGCAUAAAACGGUGAGCAUUGGAGCUGUACUGACUUGUGGGAAUAGUUUUGCUGGUCAGCAGUGUUCGAACGAUCGCCAAGGCUUUUGCCAAACUCGACGAGUUGGAGGGGAAAUCGAAGAAGAACAAUGCAAAGAAGAGCAAUUAAGACACAAACCCAGGAUUCGAAACACCGAUGAGAGGAGCCUCGAAUCCAUAUGGCACGGGAUUUUAUGUUGGAUAUUGAGCAUCUACAAACUACACUUUUGGAUAUGGCCGUUUUGGCGUAGAUGGGAUUAGGAUACACAGGUGAUUCUGGUUGUCGGAAUCCGAAUUCAGUUUUCGAUUCUCUUUUGAGCAAGCGAGCGAGCUUGUUUGAUGCCACUGAGAGAUACUAGAGGUUUUGGGGAAGUAGAUGAGAUGAGGGUGUUUGUUUUCAAUUAUGGAUAUAUAUUUUGUUAGAUAUAGAGAUAUAAUAGAGGAUAGAUAGAGAGAAGGUGGUAGAUGAAUCUAGAGAGGCUAGAUCAGUUGCUGCGAGCUUUUCUUGUUUAUAUA